UUAUCUGUUAGCGCAACAGCGUAAAUCACAUUGCCCUCACCUCUGUCAAAAAUCGGCGUUGUUCACCAGAAUCUUCUCUCCUUUCUCUCUCCUCUGUUUCUCUCUCUACAAAUACAUACAUACACAUAUACAUACACGUCCUGGUUUUCACACUGCUCACUUGCAAAUUACUGAACCACGGAUUCGAGAUCUGGAAGAAAAAAAAUGAGCUCGUUAAUCCCGCCGGAGCUCACCUUAGAUUGCGGCGGCGCUUCACCGGAAACUAGGGUUCCGACAACAACCGGCAAUUUCCUCGUCGGAAUUUCAUCGAUUCAAAAUUCGCCGGAGAAGAUUUCGAAGCUCGAAGACUACGUUAGCAGACUGGAUGACGAGAUGAAGAAGAUCGACGCUUUCAAACGGGAGCUCCCUCUCUGCAUGCUCCUCCUCAACGACGGUGAGUUUCUAUUUUUUCUUCAAUUUCCCCAUUUUACCCCUCACCGGAAUUUUUUUUUUUCAAUUGCAGCAAUUGCGAAAAUUAAGGAGGAGCUAAUUCAGUGUAGGAACUCAAUUACAGAACCAAUUAUAGAAGAAUUCAUACCCUUGAAGAAAAGCUUACCCAAAAAAGAAGAUGAUAAAAUUGAUUCAGUAGACAAAAUGAAUUGGAUGAGCUCCGUACAGCUAUGGAAUUCAGAUAAUCAUCCAAAUACAGAAAAUAAAAAGAAAUGGGGAGGAGUUGAUUUGAUCAAGAGUGGUAAUAACAGGACAGAAGGAAGGGCAUUUUCGUCUUUUAAAAGAUGUGCUGAUUUACCAGCUCUUUCUCUAGCUACACCAGAGAUCAAGAAUUCGAAGAAGGAGGAGAUUUGUUCGAGCGAUUUCAGCCCGAAAUCGAGUUCUAGCAGAUCGGGAUCUUCGUCUGCAACUAAUACCGACCAAUCGAAUUCCAAAUCCAAAUUACCGAACCAAACUAGCCGGAAACAGAGGCGGUGCUGGUCGCCGGAGCUGCACCGCCGCUUCAUCAGCGCGUUGGAGCAUCUCGGAGGCCCUCAAUCCGCUACUCCGAAGCAAAUUAGAGAUCUUAUGCAAGUGCACGGCCUAACAAACGACGAAGUGAAGUCUCAUUUGCAAAAGUAUCGGCUCCUCGCACGAAAACUUGCUCCGAAAACAAACACCCUAGUCGGAAUAGGAAGUUUGUGGAUGCCCCAGCAACAAAAAGAGUCUUCCAAGAAGAGCAAUUCACAAUUCGGCUCGCCUGUGGGCCCACUUCUCUUAGCCUCGUCGUCUAGGGUUUCUUCCAUUGUCGAAGAAGACGACGAGAAAUCCGAGCUGUAAGAAUUUUGAUGUGUAUAAAAAUCUGUCCAAACGUGAGCCUUUUUUUUUUUGCAGAUACAAGAAAGUGAGGGAACUUUGAUGAUUAUUAGAAACUCUUUUUUAAUUUUUUUUUAAAUUAUUGUUUUACUUGUACAAUUGCCAUAGAAGAGAGAUCUUGAGGGGCAGAGUGCAAAUUUUUGCAGGAUUAGAUUAAUUGAAUUUUUCUUAAAUAAUUUGUUGUAUUGGUGCACAAGAUUCUGGUAAGAUUUUUGCUCUAUUAAUUAUUGCCGCCUCAUAA